UGCAAAUAUUGAACAGACCGAAGAUGGAUGUAACACGAACAGUGGAGGGAUCACUGCCGUUAAAUGUUGAGGUAUUCAAAAAGGAACGUGGAACAUGGCAACCCACCAUUUACACUCAAAAGCGUGAUGAUACUUGUACAGCCUGUUUUAGUAAGGUGGAACUGUGGAAUUCCUAUUUAAAAAAUACACCAGCAGAACAAUUGACCUGUCCAUUUACGAAGGGACAAAGAUUUGAUUUCGAUAUUAAUGAGCCCACCUUUAUGUCACUACCAAUUCGCAAUGCCGAAGGAGAAUACAAGAUUCACGUUAUGUCUGGUUCUGAAUUAGAUGAUUUUUUUAUAUGUGCUGAAAUUUAUGCAAUGUUACAUAAGAUUUAG